GUCACCUCAGACACCUAUCCAAAAAUGACCCUUUAUGCCAGAUAGAAUAGUCAUUUCAUCUUUUUUUUUCUUACAGGCUUUCCUAUUCACAAUGGCUUUUUCAUUGAGCUCCACAGAUUCAUUAGAUCCUUCUACAGUGAAGUACCUAGAGAUGGGCCAUUUAAUGACGAUUUACAAGUCAAAGCCAGUGAUAAUGACAGUGAAAGUGAUUAUGCAGACUAGAUGGAUUGUAUUGAUAAAAAAAGCAAAACAGUUUGAAAGAGUGGUGGAUAUCAGAGAAAUUAAAGAAGUCAGACGGGGGAAGAAUUCAAAGGACUUUAACUGUUUGAAAGAAAGGCUUUCUGUGCCAGAUGGGAAUUGCUUCACAGUAUUGUAUGGAUCUGAGUUUGUUCUCAAAACCUUAAGCCUUUCAGUUGAUAACAAGGAGACUGCAGAAAAGUGGAUAACUGCUUUGGAAAAACUGAAGGAGGAAACUUUGAGGGAACCUACACCUCAAAUUGUAAAAAGAUGGCUGAAAAAACAGAUGGAUUCAAUAGACAACACUCAACGAACCAGCAUCACCUUGAAAGAGUUUAAAGCCAUUCUGACUGAAGCAAACUUUAAAGUGCCCAGUAUGACAUUUCUAAAGGAUUUGGAAGCAUCCACGUGUAUAAAUCUUGAGAAGCUGCACAGUGCUUACAACAAGCUGAUGUACGAGAGCCAGAAACAAUUCCUCGAUUAUCUGUUCUCAAAAGAAAACUCCAUCUGGGACACAAAGGUCACCGAGUAUCGAGAAGAAGACAUGUGUUCUUCUCUUUGUAAUUAUUGGAUUAACUCCUCCCAUAACACGUACCUGACUGGAAAUCAGAUAAGCAGUGAGUCUUCUGCAGAAGCCUACAUUAGGUGUCUCAGAAUGGGAUGCAGAUGCAUUGAGCUGGAUUGUUUUGAUGGCCCUUCGAAGCCCAUCAUCACUCAUGGGAAAACAUUCACAUCCAAAAUAACAUUUGAUGAGGUAGUAGAAGCAAUCAACACUCAUGCGUUUCAGGUCUCCGAAUUUCCUGUGAUUCUGUCCAUAGAAGAGCAUUGUUCUACAGGACAGCAGGGUUACAUGGCUAAAAUGUUCAAAGAAGUGUUUAGGGAUAAAUUAUUAACUGAACAAGUUGAAGUAUUUGAGGACCAACUGCCAUCACCGAUGCAACUGAAACGGAAGAUCAUUAUUAAGCACAAGACAAAUUCACUGAAAUAUACAAGAAGAAAAGAAGGACAUCUACAAAUUUGGGACCCACUGGAUGAGAAAUGGUACCGUCAUUUCUGCCUGACUGUAGAUGACAAGUUUCAUUACGCUCAAGAAGUCGAGGAGAACAGAGUUGAGGAGCUAGAAUCAGCAGAGACACACCUCUCAGAGAUUUGGUUUCAUGGGAAGAUGGAGAACAGACAGGCUGCUGAGCGACGUCUUCAGCAGUACUGUGCCGAAAAUGGGGGAAUGGACGGGACCUUCUUGGUUCGCGAGAGCAACACUUACGCACAGGAUUACAUAAUAGUCUUUUGGAAAUCGGAGAAAUGUAAUCAUUGCAGAAUUCGAUCCGAUGAGGUUGGUGGCACUAAGAACUACUUUCUGACUGAUAGUAAUCGAUUUGGAAACCUGCACAGUUUGAUACAACACUACAAGAAGAGUCCAUUAAAAUUUAAUCAAAUGGAGCAGUACCUGACUGAUGCUGUGCCCAACUUGAACCUCCAUGAGUGCCAAAGAUGGUUCUAUAGCAACCUGUGUCGAGAGGAAGCAGAAGAAAAGCUGUUGAAGGUACCGCGGGAUGGAGCUUUCCUGAUCCGAGAGAGAGAAGAGCCGGGUUCGUUCGCCAUUACUUUCAGGGCUGAAGGGAAAGUGAAGCACUGUAAGAUACAGAGGGAAGGCAACAUUUACAUUAUAGGAACAUCUGCAGAGUUUGAGAGCCUGGUGGAGCUUGUGAAUUACUAUAGAAAGACCCCACUGUACCAGAAAAUGAGACUGCGCUACCCUGUCACCGAGGAGCUUCUGCAGCGCUGCAGCACGGUUCCAGCUUUUGGUCAACUCUAUGACACUGUGUAUGUGGAUCCCAACAAAAUGGAAGCUUCAGGGAUCUCGGUGAAGGCAAUGUAUGACUAUCAGAAAAGCCAAUCAGAUGAGUUAAGUUUUAAGAGGGGAGCCAUUAUCCACAAUGUAACCAAGGAAAGCCAAGACUGGUGGAAAGGAGACUAUGAAGGGAAAGUCCAGCAUUUUUUCCCAUCCUCAUAUGUGAAGGAAAUCACUAAGGAGGAGCUGAGGAAACUGGAGGUGUUGAAGAAUAAUCCUCUUGAAGGGAUGUGCAAAGGCACGGUGGACCUUUCCAAAUGCAGUGUUUCAGUUUUACCAGGAAUGAAAAAUGGCAAGGAAUUUGUAUUCAUCCUGCAGCAGGACGAUGCCCCAUCUUUGGAAAUAGCUGCAUUCUCGUUGGACGAGCUUUAUAAAUGGGAAAGCAUUGUGAACAAAUGGGCAGUGAGUUCACACUCCGAAAUAUCCAACAAAAGGUUAUCUGAAAGGGAUAAAAAGAAGAAGGAUAAAAUGGUUCACACCGAUAUGCUUGCACUUGUCAUCUACUGCAACCCCAAAGGUGGAAACAAACAAAUGUUUGAUCAAAAUUAUGAUUUCAAGGAAGUGCGUUCCUUUGAUGAAGACUUGGCACCUAUCUAUGAAAAUGCAUUUCUUGAGUAUAACAGCAAGGCACUCAGCAGAAUCUACCCUAGAGGUGGAAGAAUGGACUCCUCGAACUACAACCCGUUGCCUUACUGGAAGUGUGGAUGUCAGUUGGUGGCCCUUAACUUUCAAACUCCAGACAAAUCUAUGCAUGCAAAUAAAGCAUUGUUUGACCUGAAUGGAAAGUGUGGCUUCCUACUGCAGCCUAAAUGCUUAAAAAGUAAUUUGUGUAACCCUUUCAAAGACAAAACUGUAGAGCAAACCAUUGAAAUACGGGUACUUGGUGCUCGUCAUUUGCCCAAACCCAGGAGGAACAUUGUCAGCCCCUUUGUGGAAGUGCAAGUCUACGGAGUACAUGAGAGCAACACACUUAAAACAGUGGUUGUAUGUGACAAUGGACUGAACCCAGUGUGGCUGGACUCACCCCAGACAGUCAAGUUUAAUAUCUACUGGCCUGACUUGGCUUUCCUCUACUUCUGUGUGUGUGUAGAAGACAUGUUCAGUGACCCUCACUUUCUGGCUCAGGCCACUCUUCCUGUCAAAGGAAUUAGGAGUGGUUACAGAUCAGUUCCCUUGAAAAAUGGAUACAGUGAAGAUCUUGAGUUGGCUUCCCUCCUGGUCUAUGUCUCUGUGAAUGAAAGUGGAGCAGGAAACUGAUUGAUCUGCACACAGGAAAUAAAUCUACAGUAGCUCAAAUUUUUUUUUUUUUUUUUUGAGGCUCUACAACAAAGCAUUUUGCUAUUGUGUUCUGGUCUGCUGUGUAAAUGUACACAAAUGUACAAGACCUCCAACUGCAUGCUUAACAAGCUUUCACUUUUUUUUUUGUUGCUUUUAUGUGAAGUAAACUGUGACAAUAGGGCUUUAUCGAACACUGUAUUCUGCAAUUUUUAAUACUGACUUUGGAUACAGUUUUAAUAUUGGAAACUUUAUGCUUUGGUUUUGCUAAAUUGUAUUGCCUUUUAUGUUUUAUGUUUUCCGCAGUUCUGUGCAUGGAUAACAUUUAAUUUUGCUGGUGGGUCGUUAAUGGGAAAUCUUUACAUAUCGCUACAAUACCUACUGGAUUUAAAAGUAUGUACUGUAUUACAGUCCAUGUGUCGUCUCUAGUUUGGCAAGUGAUAU